AUGAAGCGUGUGACUCUAGAACUUGGCGGCAAUGACCCGGCUAUUGUUUUCCCCAACGUUGAUAUCGAAAAGGCAGCAUCGGAAGUUGUUCAAGGCUGUUUUGUGUUCUCUGGCCAAGUGUGCGUUGCCAUAAAGAGGGUGUAUGUCCACGAGAAUGUUUACCAGCCAUUCUUGGAGGCUAUGGUGAAGGCUGCAUCGACGAUUCAGCGUCAACGUGUCCAAGAGCUUAUUUCCGACACUGAAGCAAAUGGCUACACCUUUGCACUGCCACCAAGACCUAUCGAGAGCAACUCUGAAUAUUUUCUUUCGCCGGUUAUUGCCGACAACCCUCCUGAGAAUUCACGCUCUUAA